CCGCUUCCUAACUGCUCCCGCCCCAAACUCCCUGUGGGCCGGUGCAGAUGUUUGUGCGUGCGCGUCUAUCUCUAUCUUUGCAAAAUCAAAUUAUCGCCCUCUUCUUUGCUUGCACACGUCUUCUGGGAGAGAAAUUUGCAGGAAUGGUUAGUGCUUGGCAGUCAGGCCUGGGUCUGUAUUGGUUCCAACUCUGAGCCAGCCAGUUAUCUAUUAGAGAAGCAAUAGUGUAUCUAGAAUGCCAAAGGAACUUGGAAAAAAUACGAGCGAAUUUCACUGAAAUAAAAUCAUUAUUCACGGUGGCUUUUAAAUGAAAAUCCAGCCAAUUUUUUCAAGUGUUAUUAAGACCGCAUGUUACUAGGGUAUACAGUUCAUUUGACUUUAUGUAAUUCCAUGCAUUAAAAACUAUGUUAACUUCAAAGUAUGUGUAAACCAAACUAAUUAUUAAAUGACCCUUACAACAGAUUCUUAAAUAGGAUGAGUCAGCAAUUUCAAAACUGGAAGUGAAGUGGUGGUCACCAGCUAGUUUCCAUUACAUAUUUUUAAACUACUUUCUAAUAUUAUGAUACUGGUGGUGGCCAACUAAGUGGUCGUCAUCCUUAUUUUGUCAGUGUGGUGAAAGAGGCCAUAUUAGCUAGACUGAAUUCUUACUGUGCUAUUACAGAAUAAACUGGUGAUUAUGCAUCCUGCCAUGUAGAGGAGGCAAGGUGAACCACUCUACUGAAAGUAUCAAGAUACAACACACUUUUGGAAGGCUGAGGCAAGAAGAUAGCUUGGGACCAGGAGUUCCAGGUUACAGUGAGCUAUGAUCUGCCACUGCACCCCAGCCUGUCAAAAAAAUAAAUAAAUAAAAAAGAUACAAUACAGGUUAAAAAUUUAAACUCUUCUUGUUUUCGUGUUAAAUAAUGUGGUCAACAGAGAAAGGAGAUACAAGAUCCAAGGGAAGGAACAUAAAGAUAUAUAAAGAGAAGAACUGAAAACACAACGAAAGCCAUUUAGAUCUAAAAAGUGAAGAAAAAGCUAGUUUUACUUAAAGUUAACAAGUAUCGUAGAGAUCUUAAGGUUCGUUAUGAUUGUCUUAGUUUCGUAUCCUUGCGUUUCUGUUUUCUCACAGAAUUUUAGUCAAUCAGAAGAGCCUCUGCUGCAGUAUCAUCUGCUUUGCAACAGUGACAGAAAAGGGUCAGUUGGCCAUUGGUCUGGAACUUCUGAUAGGCAGGGUAUUCCCAUACUUUUGGUUUCACCGUUCCCUGCUUGAUUUGUAGUGGCAACUCCAGAACUUGAUGGGAAGCUAUAGUUCUGGUUGGAAUUUUCCUGCAGACUACUGGUGAUUAAAAUGAUGCUCUUUUGUUUUAAUCCUUGAAAUUAAUGUAACAAAUAUCAACAGCUAUAUUGCAAGGCCCAAUGUUUGUCAAUGAAAUAUUUGUUUAUAAAUUUCCUUGCGGGAUGGAGAAAAACAGUGCCUUAAAAUUUAUUGAAAUAGCUUUUGGAAAUGGAAGGUUUUAAAGCCUACGGGAUACACAUCUCAGAUUUGGUGCCUCUGAUGGAUUUCAGGAUAGCUAGAAAAGGAGCCCUGAAAUGCUGGGUACAUGUGGAUUUUUCUCAGGAAAAUAUCCGCAACUUUGAUCAACUUUUUAAAUAGGUCUCUGACCCAAAACAGUUUUAAAUCUUUUAGAAAUACAGACUACUGUCCUUUUCUCCCCAUCUGUCCUGGAGUUUAAUGUUGAGUUCUGCUCAUUGUGUUAACUAUUUUUCUGAGGGUUAGCUAAUGAUAAUACAGAGUUCUGUCUUCAGACCCAUAACUUAAGUUAUGAGAAACAGUAUGAAUAAUAGCUAACAUUGUUGAGUUUUUACUAUGUAUCAGACAUUGUUCUAAGGAUGUAUUUUUUAAAAACAUCACAAUAAACCUAUAUGGUAGGCAAUAUAUUUUACAGCUGAGGAAAUUCUCAAGGUCACAGAGCUAGAAAGUGGUAGAGCUGAAAUUCCAACUCAGACAAGUUUAAGAUUGUUGAUAUUUAUAGAGGAUGGUAUUAUCUGCAUAAAAAUAUUUCCUACAAUUUGACAGUGAUAAUCAAUCCCUAUUUAUUUUCAGGCAGCGUUGUAAUGGUAGAAUGUUGGUUGUAAAGUAAUGUUUGUAUGGCACUUGUGCAAUUGACAUUAUUAUAUAUUUAAAGAUUAUUUUUCUAAUCAAAUAAUAUUCAUUUGAGUAUCAGUAUGUGUUUGGUUCGUUGGAGAAAUUUCCUUUAUGGUCCCCGAAUGAAAACAUUUGUCUAAUUUGCAUCACUUUUUGCUGAGAGAGCUUGACAAAUAGUAGGCAAAUGUGGAUUGAUCUAGAUAUCUGUCUCUGCCUAUCUAUGUAUCCAUUCAUCCAUACAACUAGAAGGCUGGGGUUCAUGGAGAGGUCAGAGAAGAGGUUUCCAUAAUAUCACAACUGGUGAUGAUAUGGUUAACCAUUUGGGACGUCCUCUUUUCAGAAGGCAUUAUGGUAGAAGGGUUGGCAAGAAGCCAGUUCUUUUACUCAAUAUUAGCUCUUUGAUUCACUUACCCAGUGAUUACAGUAACUGCAUGAGACUACUGACACUAAACAUCGCUUAAAUACUUGCUGCUGUCCUAUAGGAACGGGUUGGAUGGAAACAUUCCAUAAAGGAGUUGAAGGAAAAAUUGUUUUAAAUCCAUUCCAAUAUAUGGCCAUGUGGCUCUUUGGAGCAGUGUUCCAUCAUGUUCCACGAUGGUGACAUCAUACGGAGCACAGAAAUCAAUGUUAGCAGAUAACCAGCCCAUAUAAAAUCGAAUUGUAUUGUAGGAAGCAUCGUGGAUGGAUGGCUGCUGGAAACCCCCUGCCAUAGCCAACUCUUCUUCAAUACUUAAGGAUUUACCGUGGCUUUGAGUAAUGAGAAUUUCGAAACCACAUUUGAGAAGUAUUUCCAUCCAGUGCUACCUGUGUUUACUUCUAAAGAGUCAUUUUCUAACUGAAGCUGGCAUUCAUGUCUUCAUUUUGGGCUGUUUCAGUGCAGGGCUCCCUAAAACAGAAGCCAACUGGGUGAAUGUAAUAAGUGAUUUGAAAAAAAUUGAAGAUCUUAUUCAAUCUAUGCAUAUUGAUGCUACUUUAUAUACAGAAAGUGAUGUUCACCCCAGUUGCAAGGUAACAGCAAUGAAGUGCUUUCUCUUGGAGUUGCAAGUUAUUUCACAUGAGUCCGGAGAUACAGAUAUUCAUGAUACAGUAGAAAAUCUUAUCAUCCUAGCAAACAACAUCUUGUCUUCUAAUGGGAAUAUAACAGAAUCUGGAUGCAAAGAAUGUGAGGAACUAGAGGAAAAAAAUAUUAAAGAAUUUUUGCAGAGUUUUGUACAUAUUGUCCAAAUGUUCAUCAACACUUCUUGAUUGCAGCUGAUUCUUUCUAAAGUGUUUCUGUUACUAACGAACAUCACUCUGCUGCUUAGACAUAACAAAACACUCAGCAUUUCAAAUGUGCUGUCAAAACAAGUUUUUCUGUCAAGAAGAUGAUCAGACUUUGGAUCAGAUGAACUCUUAGAAAUGAAGGCAGAAAAAUAUCAUUGAGUAAUAUAGUGACUAUGAACUUCUCUCAGACUUACUUUACUCAUUUGUUUUUAAUUUAUUAUGGAAAUUGUACAUAUUUGUGGAAUAAUGUAAAAUGUUGAAUAAAAACGUGUGCAAGUGUUGUUAUUUGAAGUCGCACUGAUAUUUUACCUAUUAUCGCAAAAUAGCAUUUGUUUAAGGGUCAAAUUAUGUAGUGGCGGGGAUGGGUACCAAUGCUGCAGGUCAACAGCUAUGUUGGUAUGCUCCUGCCGGUGUGGAACCACUGACUACUGGCUCUUAUUGACUUCCUUACUAAGCAUUGCAAACAGAGGAAGAAUUUGCUCUCAAUAAGAAAAAGAAGAACUAUACGUGAAUCCUCUUCUUUACACUGUAAUUUAGUUAUUGAUCUAUAAAGCAACUGUUAUGAAAUAAAGAAAUUGCAAUAACCGGCAUAUAAUGUCCAUCAGUAAAUCUUGGUGGUGGUGGCAAUAAUAAACUUCUACUGAUAGGCAGAAUGGUGUGCAAGCUUGUCCAACCCAUGGAUUGCAGGCCAUAUGCGGCCCAGGACAACUUUGAAUGUGGCCCAACACAAAUUCAUAAAUUUCAUUUUUAGCUCAUCAGCUGUCAUUAGUGGUAGUAUAUUUAAAGUGUAGCCCAAGACAAUUCUUCUUAUUCCAAUGUGGCCCAGGGAAAUCAAAAGAUUGGAUGCACCUGAUAUAGAAAACUAAUAGUGACAGUGUUUAUAUUUCAUGCCUUCCCAAAUACAGGUAUUUUAUUUUCACAUUCUUUUUGCCAUGUUUGUAUAAUUUUUAAAAAGCCCUGUUGAUUUGUUGGAGCCAUUGUUAUCUGACAGAAAAUAAUUGUUUAUAUUUUUUGGACUACACUGUCUAAAAUUAGCAAGCUCUCUUCUAAUGGAACUAUAAUAAAGAUGGAAUAUUUUUGUUUUAUUAUACAUUUAUUUCAUCUUAA